AUGGCCUCAAUUCCUGACCCAUUGGCACCCUUCACCAAGCUGGGUCCUUCGGUCUACCUACAGGACCCAGCAGACUCGGCCAAGCAAGACAGUCGGCCGUUGAUCCUCAUUGCAUUCUGGAUGAAUGCACCAGCGCGGGCCCUCGCCAAGUAUGUGGUCGAGUAUAGACGCAUGGCGCCCUCAGCACGCAUUGUAUUUAUGCUCAGCUCAUCGAACGACUUUUUUUGGGGCUCGAUGACACGGGCGCAGCAGGCCAGAGUUGCGCCUGCGGUAGACGCACUCCGCUCACAGGCCUCUGGAAGUCCCGUGUUCGUGCAUCUCUUCUCCAACGGCGGACUAUCAAACACCACCCAAGUGCUACGGGCAUAUUUCAACGCAACGGGGAAACCACUACCUAUUUCGUCGAUGAUCAUGGACAGCGCCCCAGGGACUGCGAGUGUCGCCGCGGCCAUGAGGGCCUUUUCCUUUGCGCUUCCGCGAAUGUGGAUCCUGCGACUGAUUAGCAAAAGCUUCUUAUGGCUCUCUUUGGUUCUGAUCAAGAUGGUUCAGGCCGUCAGGAGAUCGUCUGACCCAAUUGGCCUUGCUCGCAAGUUGAUCAAUGAUACCUCUCUUGUGCAGGCUGCCAAUCCCAAGGGUGUCCCCACUCGCUGCUACAUAUAUUCGGAUGCAGACGAGCUGGUUGAUUGGCAUGACGUAGAGAAGCAUGCAUCAGAUUCGGAAGCAUCCGGAUGGGCAGUGCAUCGGGAACUAUUCCAAGGGACGCCUCAUGUUGGCCAUAUGAGAGCUGACCCGGAUCGAUACUGGGGUAUCGUCAAGACGUAUUUGGAACCUCACAUUUCUGCAUGA